UUUUCUUCUGAGAAUCAUCAUUUUGGCUGACACCCUCUUCUUGAAAAUAAGGUAAAAACAGAGAAAAGUGAUACAAGAAAUAAAAUGGGGUUGAUAACUGGGAUUCUUAUGGGGAUGAUCUUUGGGGUUGGUUUAAUGGCUGCUUGGAAAUACAUGACGAGUUAUCGAAGCACUAAACGAAGUUCAAAGGCAGUGGAGGUUAAUCUAAUGAGCUCCCUCAGUAGGGACGAUUUAAAGAAAAUGUGUGGCGAUAAAUUUCCUGAAUGGAUAUCAUUCCCAGUUUAUGAACAGGUCAAAUGGUUGAACAAACAAUUGAGCAAACUUUGGCCAUUUGUUGCUGAGGCAGCCGAGGCUAUAAUAAAAGAAUCUGUUGAACCUCUUUUAGAAGACUAUCGACCUCCUGGGAUUACUUCAUUGAAGUUCAGUAAAUUGUCCUUGGGAACUGUGUCGCCUAAAAUUGAAGGUAUUCGUGUUCAAAAAUUUAAAAAAGAUCAAAUUACUAUGGAUAUUGAUCUUCAAUGGGGUGGUGAUCCCAAUAUCGUUUUAGGUGUGCAAGCUGCAAUGGUUGCUUCUAUACCCAUUCAGUUAAAAGAUCUUCAGGUCUACACAAUUGUUCGUGUUAUCUUCCAACUAGCUGAAGAAAUUCCUUGCAUCUCUGCCGUUGUUGUUGCUUUACUCUCUGAGCCAAAGCCAAGAAUUGAUUAUACUUUGAAGGCUGUUGGUGGUAGUUUAACAGCUCUUCCUGGAAUUUCGGAUAUGAUUGAUGACACAGUAAACUCGAUUGUUACAGAUAUGCUAGAAUGGCCCCAUAGAAUUGUCGUUCCAAUUGGCGUAGGUGUGGAUACUAGUGAUUUGGAGCUUAAGCCUCAGGGAAAGCUUAUAGUGACCGUAGUCAGGGCUAAUAGCUUAAAGAAUCAUGAAAUGAUUGGAAAAUCUGAUCCGUAUGCAGUUGUAUAUAUUCGCCCUCUAUUUAAGCUGAAGACGAAAACCAUCAACAACAACCUAAAUCCGGUUUGGGACCAGACGUUUGAGUUGAUUGCAGAAGACAAGGAGACUCAAUCUCUUAUCCUAGAGGUAUUUGAUAAAGACGUUGGACAAGAUCAGCGAAUGGGGGUUACAAAGUUGCCUCUGAAUGAGCUGGUAGCGGAGACUCUGAAGGAAAUUGAAUUAAGGUUACUGCCAACACUUGACAUGCUUAGAGUCAAAGAUAAGAAAGAUAGAGGAACUAUCACAGUAAAGGUAUUGUAUCAUGAGUUCAACAAAGAAGAGCAGUUAGCUGCUCUGGAGACGGAGAAGAAGAUCCUAGAAGAAAGAAAGAGGUUGAAGGCAGAAGGUGUCAUUGGGAGCACUAUGGAUGCCCUUGACGGAGCAGCAUCACUCGUGGGUUCAGGUGUUGGCAUGGUGGGCACAGGCCUUGGUGCAGGAGUAGGUCUUGUCGGAACAGGGCUAGGUGCGGGUGCAGGGAUGGUAGGUAGUGGCCUUGGAGCUGUUGGAAGUGGCCUAAGCAAAGCCGGUAAGUUUAUGGGGAAGACUCUCACGGGGCAAUCGAGCCAUUCAAGGAAGAAGAGUGGUUCCCAUACUCGAGUAAACUCUGUUCAAGAAAAUGGAGGUGCAAAGCCACUCUAGACUCUGCCUUUGUGAUGUUGGCUAGUUUUUGUGAAGUCGAAACUAUCUAGUGUUUGUAAACUUGUAGGGUUUAGAUCACAGAUUUAAGCAUGGCGUUUAUCGAUGCAAAGAG